AUGCCUGCUCUUGCUGAAUGCGACCAAGUUCGCCGUUUACCGCACUCCAUCCUUGCAACUUACGAGACCAGCAAGGGGGGCUUUGACGCGCUGGAUGCGUCUAAUUCGAGCAAACUGGCUGUCGGGAAACCUGAACCGUCCGAUUCGCUGGCCGAUGCAUCCAAAACGCGCGAGACGACCGUAUCUCUGUCUGGGACUAAACGACCGCAUGCAUCCGCGUUUGAAGGUUCUUCGGAACGAGAGAAGUCCGAAAGAAGGACACCCAACAAGGAAGCGCGGAUUUUUUGUUCACCGCAUCGUAGCGUGCUGACAACCGUCGACGGCGUCGAUUCGUCUCCAUCACGAGCAGAUAUUGGACGAGUCAAUCGCACACCAUCCUCUGGACAAGCUGAACUCGAUUCCCGUUUGACGCUGCCUACAAACGCUGGAUUUUCUACACCGAACUCUCAUCUUAAAGUUCCUUCAAACUCAACAUCUGAAACAUCUACCGAAUUUUCUACCCCUCAGGGAGACGGAUCUCGAAUUCCUGUCCCAGCAGAGUGUCCUGGAACACCUAAGAAGUGCUCCACGAAUGGAGUGCUAGACCUGGUGAAGAUGGCUGACGCAGAUGCUACGACGGCACGAGCAGCAGACCAAGAUGCAGACGCGCAAGUUCCCCGAUUCCGGCGGAAUAAUAACUACGCUACCGCCGCAACUGGCCCCGCCGCAACUGAGCACAAGAGAUUAAGGAGGCUGCUUCGCAACAGGGUAUCAGCCCAGCAGGCGAGGGAGCGGCGGAAGCAGUACCUAUCAGAACUGGAGGGGCGGGUGUCUCAGCUGGACCAGCGGAACGCUGAGCUAAAAGAAACACUUAGCACCUUGCAACGGGAAAAUUUCAUGCUGAGACAGGUGGCUCGGAACACGGCUCAAGCAGCAGACGCCCCACCAAGCCAUUGA